AUGAAAUCUAAUUACAUCGAUGAUGACAACAAGGAAGCACGCUACUUUCCGACGGAAACAGAGAUGCCCAUCCUUGUUAACUACUUGCAAAUGUACUUUUCUCAUCCUGAGCGGUCGUUACAACGUUCUCGGGUUGUGCAAAGUGUUGUUUCCGUUUUGAAUCCAACAAACAAGCACUGGUCUCAUCGUACAGUUCGUCUAUGGUUUAAUAACAAUAAAAGAGUAUUUUAUCAUCCUACAAUGCUAGCAAACGCAGUACAACAGCAACCAGAAAGAAAAGAAACACCACAACAACCAGUACAACCAAAGAAAGUCAUUCCACAGCAGCCUCCAAGAUCUCUUUCAGUUGCACAAUUUCCGCCAAGAUUUGAUCACACAAACAGAAUAUUUGACGAAAGAAAUCAAGUUAUUCCGAAGAUACAACCUCCUCCAAUACCAUUACCAACUCAACAAAUGAUGAUUCAGCCUCAAUCUUCAAUGCCUCCGCCAAAUUCUUUACCAAACAUGAUUUUUCAUGAAAGAGAAACCAUCAUGACAUUAGCAGAUGAUAACCCAUCAGCACAACUAGAAUCAGCCUCUCACAUUACUAAAAAACUCAUAAAAAUGAAUGAUCAGCAUUACGACGAAUUUGUUUCAGCGCAAGGAAUGAAAUUACAUGCAAUUACAGAUCAGCAAUCGAUGCCAACUAUGCUUGAUCAAUCAGAUACUUCUUCUCUUCUCAAAAAAACCGAAAUUGUCGAGCAAUAUCCUUUUAUCGAAGCAGGACUCUUCAUUGCAAACAAACCAGCUAUUAUUACAUACAAUGACGAUGAUGGUAGCCAAAUAUUAUACUACAAAGGCUCAAAAACCCCUGUUUUAUUCAAUUCCGCUGUAUCAUCUAUUACAUUUGACGAAGAAAGCCAAGAAAUCUAUAUCUAUUCAAGCGGAAUGAUGCGUUCUUUUCAAGAAGAAGACAUAACCUCUACAAAAUGCUUCGAUACCGGCUUCCACAGUUCAUUUUCAUCAUGUAUGUGCUUUUGGGACCAUUCUUUAGCACUUGCUGUUGGCUCUUGUGUUGUAUUUUGGUCAAAAGAAUCAUUGCAAACAGAAGGGAAGCCACAAUUUACAGCAAUGUUUGAUUUUAUUUUACCAAAGAUAUCAUCUUUGAUAACAUGCAAAGAUUAUCUUAUUUGUGGCUCUACCGAACAUCAUACUCCUCAUAUCCUUGCUUCAAAUGGUACAAUUGUGGCUAGAUCUAUAGGACAUGUUGGAGGAAUUACAAGUCUUGCUUGUUAUGACCAAAAUUGCUUCCUUUCUGGUUCAGCAGAUCAGACAGUAAGACUUUGGGACCUAAGAACUAAUACAACUGCGCACACUUUCUGCAGACAUAAUGGAAUUGUCACGGCAUUGGCCGGAAGAGAGAACAGAGUUGUAUCUGGAGGAACAGAUGGCAUUGUAAAGGUUUGGGACCUUAGAAUGACCAACAAAACUUAUCUUUCUUGCUCAAUUGGAAAUACGGCUCCUCUUGAGGUUGUAAAUAACGAAACGAAUAUAUUAGCAAUCACAAGUGAGAAGGUAUUCGACCAAUAUUACGACUUAGAGAAAUACGGUGCUUCUAAUGCGGAUUUAUCUCCUGACUCUUUUAUUAAUAUCAAUGUUUAA